CGUUUCUUUGCGUUAGCCUCGUAGCACAAGCUAACGCUAACAGUUGUAUCACAACGAAGACGAGCCAACUCCACGUUAAGUUAUCGGGUUCGUUUCCGGGUCGUGUACUUUGCCGCUUGUAUGUUGUGCGUUUGAUCGGGGCUUUAACGUCAGACCGGGACGUGAUUAGCCCACACAAGCCGCCUGUUCGCGCACUUCCGUACUCGGACUUUUUGAGUGCGGCCAAAUGCAGUGAGCCGCCAGUACCCGGAUGUUGCACUCGACAAGGUGAGUGCGCAGCCAUGAACACACUUACCACCCUCGAUGGCCGCCAUCUUGGCUAGCGGUGAAAAAGGAAACGAGCUGUCUCGAGAGAGGCAUUUACCGGAAGUGUACCGAUGAUAAUCCACGUGGGACAGCAGUAUAGCGUUCGAAUAUGAAUAUUUGAGAUACGGCCCAUACGACAAAGGACCAAAUGGGACAGUUUGAAGACUGAUUGGUUUGACUUUGUCUACUUGGUCGGUUAGCUUGAAGCUGCUGUCCUGUCGUGUCUUUUCCUUUCCGGUUGGAUGAAGUAUUCAUUGAGUUUGACUUGGCUGCGUCCGAAUUCAGGGUCUGCGGCACACUUCCUGCUUGUGUCACGUGUCUUCACGUGGCUUUUAUUUCACAUGAACAGGCAUCAGAUUCCAAUUGAGUGAUGACAUCAUCAGUUCCCAGUUCCACAUGUCCAAAAUGAAAGUCAAGUAGGCAGAUUAAGAGAAGGGAAGCAAAAUGUGAACGAAAGGAGCCCAGCUUGUUUUAGGAUCUUUUCUUGUUUGUUGCCGGAAAGAGAAGAGGAAGUCAACCGUCGACAGAUUUAUUUCCCGACACGGAGCGGACCAGAGCGUUUCUGCGACACGACGACCACACAGGAAGUCGGCAUCCAACUCGCCAUGGAAAGAGACGGGGCUCCCCUCAGAAGCACAGACAUCAGUGAAGGGGAUUUUCCCCCCAAGCAGGAGGAGCCGCGGCCCGCCCACGUGAAAGCGGAAGAGGAGGAGACCCAGCCCCCCCACGUGAAAGCGGAAGAGGAGAAGACCCAGCCCCAGCCCCAGCCCCCCCACAUCAAAGAGGAAGAAGAGGAGCCCCAGCCCCCCCACAUCAAAGAGGAAGAGCAGCAUCACAGCAUCAGUCAGGAGGCGGAGUAUGUGGAAGGAAAGGAGGAGUUCCCGGUGAUCCGUGUGGUUGUGAAGAGUGAAGAUGAUGAAGGAGGCGUUGCCGGAGACCACCGUGGAGGACCACCAGCAGACAACCUUGUAGCGACGCUAUCAGACGGCGACGACGCAACGUCACACUCGCCUGACACGGACGACGAAGAGUCUCAAGUCGAUGUGACGUGUCACGCUGGCGACACGCGCUUCCGAUGCUCGCAGUGCGACAAAACGUUUGUCAACAAGGGAAACCUGAAAAGGCACAUGACAAAUCACACAGGAGAAAAACUAUUCAUGUGCUCCGUUUGUGGUAAAAGAUUCUCUCAGAAGGUCCACUUGAUGACGCACACAAGGACACACAAUGUAGAGAAACCGUUCACCUGCUCGGUUUGCGGCAAAGGAUUCUUUCAGAAGUCACACUUGAAAGGACACGCCAGUACGCACACAGGAGAGAAACCAUACACCUGCUCAGUCUGCAACACCAGUUUUAAUUAUCAUUCCGUGUUGGUUCAACACAUGAGAAGGCACACUGGAGAGAAACCUUUUACGUGCUCCGUCUGCGGCAGCAGAUUCUCUCAGAAAUCGGUUCUUAUCAAACACAGCAGAACGCACACUGGAGAGAAACCCUUCAGCUGCUCUAUUUGCGGUAAAGUGUUCUCGGUGAAAGACACUUUGAUAACACACUUGAGGAGGCACACCGGAGAGAAACCUUUUGCCUGCUCAGUCUGCGGCAAAAGAUUCUCUGUGCAGCAAGACUUAAAAAGCCACGCACGAACACACAGUGGAGAAAAACCUUUUCCCUGCUCGGUGUGUGGGAAAAGGUUCUCUGUGAAGGAACACCUCAAAAGCCACACACGAAUACACAGCGGAGAAAAACCUUUUCCCUGCUCGGCCUGUGGGAAAAGGUUCUCUGUCAAGGGCCAUUUAAAAAGACACACCAAAACACACGCUGGGGGAAACCUGCUGCCUGCUCAGUCUGCUGGAGAAGGUUUCCUGGAAGUGCAGAUUGAUUAGCGCGUGAAGGAAGACACGAGCGAAGAAGUGUUGAGUCGCGGUGCGUGCGAGACGGAAGGUUGGCCGAUACGCCGACGUAGCCGCUUGGCAAACGCAAGGGUGCUGGUGAGAACAGCAGCGGUAAAUGAAGCUGCAGGACUUGGACUGUGGGGCAACAUCUCCACGGGGGAAAACACCAAAACAUGCUCCUUCUAAAUCCAUUUUAAAUCCGCCAAAGCCUCGGCCCUCUGAAGGAUUUCUGUCUGUCUUCCUUUGCCUCCAGGCCGAGGAGGCCGUUUGGUGACCUUCCUUACAUCACGUGGGGUGCAGUAGCCAAAGGUGCCAGUAGGUGGCAGUAAGGAGGUGUCAACGCCGUCUUGUUUUAUGUGGCCUGGGAAGCCUAAAAAAAUACACUCCUUUUAUUCUUAUUUUAAUGUACAAAAUACAAAAAUAUAUUUUAAUGACGUUAUUUUAACUUUAAAUAAAGUUGUGUUUUUGUUUGUAAUAAUGUGAAAU